CCCUCUCCUCUCCCCUUUUCUCCCCCAUUUCACUCCCUCAUCUUCCAAUCCAAUCCCUCACUCUCACUCCCAACCACAACACUAGUGACUCCAACCAAACACAAACUAAGAGUACUCUGUUUUUCUCUUCAACACUGUUCUUUUCUCUUUUCAUCUUGUCUUCAAAUGGCGGAAAAUUUAGCCAGCAUUGAACCAUGGAUGUACCGACCCUCCUCCGUCGCGGACUCAUGGCUCGCCGAUUACAUAGCACGUGACGCCGAAACUCUCACUAAGGCGCUUCAGAAAUCACUCUCCAACGACGUUGACGCGGCGAUUUCUCCUCUUUUCAACCUUGUCAGGACCGACGCCGCUGUUUCCCCUGCUCUCCCGGCGACUCCGACCGUCUCCAGCCUCUCCGGCUCCGACCAGGACUCCCAGCAGCCGAAGCGCAACCGCGUCUCCGGCGGGAGAGUCUCCAAGCGGAAGUCACGCGCGUCGAAGCGGUCGCAGACGACUUUCAUCACGGCGGACCCGGCGAAUUUCCGGCAGAUGGUGCAGCAGAUCACCGGCGCGAGGUUUACCGGCUCGUUGCCGGCGCCAAUGGCGCCGGUGGUUCGACCGGAGCCACUGAGGGCGGCGGGCGGUGCCGGAGGGAGGAUAACGGUGGGAGCGGGGUGUCUGCUGCCGACGCUGGACACCUCGGCGUUCUUACUGGACCAUCAUCACCAGAACAACGCGGCGGUGGGUCCCGACUCGGCCGGUGAUGGGCCUGGGCUUUCCGGGCCCGGCCCAGUUUCUUUUGGGCAGCUCAUGGAUGAUGCUGCUUCGUUUGAUUUUGAAAGUUUCUCAAGCUUUCCCACUCUGGAGUCGUGGAAAGUCAUGUGAUGAGAUGAUGAGAAAUUGAGAUCGAUUAUGAGAAAUUGAGAUUCUCUGCCCCCAAAUUUUUCUUUUUGGCUUUUCCCCUUUUUGCCCCUCUCGUGGGUUCAGCACUGGGGUCCAUGUGAUUGGGGGGUAGCUUAGCUAGCUAGGAUCUGAUUGUAAAUUUGGGAAGGGAAUGGACAUGGAUGUAGCUGUUGCUUUUUCUUUUUUCCUUUAUUUCUCUGUUUAUUACUACUACAUAGUUCCUUUUAUUAGGGGGUGUAAUGGAGAAAGGGUUUACUAGCUUUGUUCAGUUCAAUUAACCUAAUCAAUGCAAUAUUCCUAAGAUUUUGUAUCAACAA